GAACUCAGAGCCAGCAGUUAGGUGGUGGCCAUAGGCACCCAGACCAGCGGGCAUGACGGAGGCUGAUACUGAGAACUCGGAGUACAGGUUGAAGACCCAAGGAUGCCGAAAGAUUCUCGAGACCCUCGAGGGGGCUAUUGAACAAUUCCGAUACAACCCCAGACUUACUAUUUCGGACAAUUUAAAAGUUGGCUUUUUCACUUCAGACCAUGCCACUCAGACGGAUAGCAGUGAAAUUUUGCCACUCAAAGAUUUGACUCAGUCAACAGAAAAUUUAAUACAGAUGAUUACAUCACUUCAGGUGGAUUUUGGGUUCCUCAAAGAUUUAGUUCAACUGAAGUUCGAGGACCGACUUAAAGAGGAGUCUUGGAAAAUCCUCGGUGUGCUUCAAGACAGGAUUUCAGAAAUGAAAAAAUAUUAUCGACAGUCUGAAGACACAUUGAGAAAAAGCUUUCAACAGCAGUUAAGUGAUGCCAUAGCCGUUAUCAAAGGAAUGUACAAGAAAUUCUUCGAAAUAGAAGAAGAGAAAGCUGCACUGCAGGAUGCUGCCAACAUGAAAAUGAGUGCUUUAGCAAGAAAACUGAAAGAGAAGGAAGAAAUUCUUAAGAGUUUAAAGGAAGAACUAGAACAAUAUGAAGAAAUUGGAUUUGGCAAGAUUGACUCUUUUGCCAAGGAGUCCGGCUCUCCAAGGCCAGUUUCAGAAAAGGAAUUUAUGGAAUACAAGACGGAGAACGAGAGGCUGCUGCAAAUGAUCGCAGUGCUGGAAGAAGAGGCACAGGCGAACGUGAAAGAAAAUGCAAUGUUAGAGGAUGAAAUUAUGUGUCUGAAAGAGAUGUCAGACCAGGAUCAGAGAACUAUUCAAAAAUUAAUGGACAGUAGAGACAGACUGAGAUAUGAACUGGAUUGCGAAAAAUUAGCCAUUCAAGAUUUGAUCAAUAAACAGAAAGAAGACAUGGAGUUAAGAAGAAAGUAUGCCAGUAUAGCUAUGAAGAAAACAACCAAGGGAAGAGACUCUACUUUCUACUCACGGCCUUCAAGUCGUCAGUCCAAGAGUGUGACACCAAUAAGUGACACUCAACAUUUUGUUAGGCCACCUUCUGCUUCCCUCAGCAUGUCACCUAAGCUAAAAAAGAAGAUGCCCAAGAAAUACAUUGGUGCUGCCUUUGUCUCUGCUGCUUCUGCAAGUGACACUGCUGCUCCUGAAGCAGCUACCGCUCCUGCUGCAGUUACUUCUCCUGUUGUUCCUGCGGCUGGUCCUCCUCUUGUUACCGAUCUCCUUUCAAGAUCUGAGAAGGAAAAGCACAUUACAUUUCUGCUACCUCAAAUGAUGCCUGAAGAACUAAUGAUAAAAUUACAGGUGGUGAAGGAUGAAGACAAAAGAGCUUUACAGGAUGAAAUAAAGGCCUUAAAAACUGCAUUGGAGAAUGCAAAUAAGAAGAUGGAGAGGAUUAGAAAGGAAUCAGAUCAGAUCAACAAAAACUGGGAAAGGAAGUUCAUCAUCCUCAGGAACAGCUUUCACGUCCUAAAGGAUGAGAUGUUCACUAGACACACGCUUUUCCGGCAGUUUGCAAUGAUUGCUGACACCUCCUUCAAUUACAUUAAAGUCAAGCCCUUGUAUGUGAACUCCACAAUGAAUGAGUCAUCCCCUCCGACAAAUGUUUUUCACCCAGCCGUGGUGGAGCACAAGUUUGUGGACAUACCCAGUGACCAGGUGACCUAUGCACAUUUGCCGAAAGUGAGAUUUGCAUCUCAGAAAGAGAAAGCAUCCCUGCCCCAGCACACCCCUGGGAGACAAGCAGACCCACAUAAUUAAAGGCACAGCAACCUGGGUACCACAGAGCCAGCCUCAGAUGAAGAUGCUCCUCAUCCUGGCUGGCGUGAGACUUGCUCACCCCUGGCAAGCGAUACUGUCUCCAAGAUGUUUCUAAACUGGCCAUUCAGCUUCUUCUCAUCACGUACAGGAAGCGAUCCCCGCCUUUGGUGGACCUGUGUUUGCGCGCCUUUGCGCGCACUUUCUGAAGCCCAUCGGAAACCCUGCCGGGUAAAAUUCCAGGGCAUCCUUUCUGGAGUUCAGAGGGAUGCCCCAGUGCCUAAGGGUGAGAAAGAAGGGAUUUCAAUAAUAAUAAUAAUAAAUAAAAAUUG